AGAUGCGAUUCUCUACCUCACACCUUCCUCCGAAACACAUACGGUCUUCUUCGGUAUGCUUAUAGCACUCGUCCGACAACUACUGCUCCGCCUACACAACCACGACCGGACUGAUUCCCGAAUAUCUUGGCCUUGAACAUAUCUCAGACGUCAACAGCGAACAGUCAAUCAAUUUGAACGUACACAGCCUCUCGGGGAUUUCAGUGCGCAGUUGCUCGGCGUGUUUCAUUGCAUCUUGUCGUCGGCCAACAAAGGUAGAACGUACAAAAGAUGACGGCAACCAUGUUGGAAGCACCACGAGUACUGGCCACCCCAACUACGAACGACAUCGUCUUCCACAAGUCCAGGAUGUCGUCUGCCACGACCUCUCACACCUCACGCUCGCCUGAUCGGGGUUCCAUACAACAAAUCGCUGCAAAUGCCCUGCAAACGAGAUCAGUCGCCAUUGAUAGGAUAGACGGAGCUCUAUUUCGAACGUUCAGAUUACAGAGUAGUUCAGACUUCUACCAUAUCCUUCGCUGUCGACCCUCGGUGAGCAUCCGGCUACUACGACACGAAGAGGAUCGGCUGCAGACUGAAGUGCAGACACUACAAGCAUUACGCGGGAGGACUGACAUUUUGGUCCCUCGACUUAUCGAAUACCAAUCCACGACUGCAGUGAUAGGGAGUCCAUAUUUCAUCAGCGGGCCUUUGAGAGGAGUCUUGCUGUCGGACCUGGAACCUCAACUGUCGAAACAGGCUCAGGCAAAUAUCGAUCGGAGUCUGGGGAGUUUUGUUCGGAGGCUCGCUUCCGUCUCUGGGUCACAAUUUGGGAGUCCAAGGAUAUCCAAUAGCACAUCGACACCUUCAUCAUUGUCGUCGCCUUCAUGGUCGAAGUGCUUUAGCAACAUGCUCGAAAGUAUUCUUCGCGAUGCUGAAGAUGCUCUCAUUAGCCUGCCAUACGACUUCAUACGAGAUCAGGUUCGUCGACAUCGGGCGUCCUUGGAUCAAGUGACGCAGCCCAAGCUACUUCUUCUUGAAAUGUUGGGCGAGGGAGAUAUUCUGGUCGAUUCGAGGACUUGUACGAUAACGGGAUUGCUGGACUGGGCGAGCGCGAUUUGGGGAGAUCCCUUCUUGUCAGAUUGCUUCUAUCAGCCUUCGGCGGGGUUUGCUGAAGGGUUUGGCAAGUUGCCUAAUUCGACGACUGAUGAGAGGAUUAGGCAGUACUUGUAUAUACUCUACCACGCAUUGGCCGCUAUCGUGAGGCAAUGCUAUCGUCCUUCGGAAGGCGGCGAUGAGUUCAAAGCGAGAAGAAAUUUGACGUCCGCUUUGACGCAGUUGAACAGCAUUCCUAGGUGAUGAGGUGCAAAAUCAUCUGUCCUUGUGACUGGGCGGAUUGGUGGUACGUCCAUCCACUUGCCGCGCGAUGCGAGUCGAGACCAUCAAGACCACCGGCAUGCCGAAGAUGAGGCUUGAGUCGGAGCCUCUGCGGUCCGGACAUUCAUCGAUUGUCACAGAAGAUGCUCUUCCUCAGCUGGCUGAGAUCUAGCAUCUUUGCAUACUUCUAUUCUCAUGGCGUUUCGUGGGUAUUGGGCGCUGGAGAUGACAGCGUUCUUUUGAUUCUCCUGGGACAAAGCAUGAGUGAAGUGAAGCAUUUGUAAGCCAUCAUAGUUAGCGUUUGCAUGUUUAGUGAACAUGGGUGGUGGUGCGUUGUGGCUUUAAGCAGCAUAGGCAUACGAAUUCAGGACACGUUGCGCAAUUCUCUCUCUGAAAGCAGCGUAUCCAGCAUCCGAAU